CUCAGGCGCACUACAAGCACUCUCUUACGUAGACAUCCACCAAGGAGAGAGCCGAUACAACAACACGGUUGAUCUGCUCAAACACAAAAAUCUACCUGCUUUCUGAAUCAUGUCGUUGAGCCCAAAGCACACAACGCCUUUUUCAGUGACAGAUAUUUUGAGUCCAAUCGAGGAGACCUACAAGAAGUUUAGUGCCAUGGACGGCGCAGGGAACCUAACCUCUCCACUGGGAGCCUACCGACAGCCUCAGGUGUCUCAGACCGGCAUGCAACAACACUCCAUGGGCCAUAACGCCACCGUGGCCACCACUUACCACAUGCCGCACACCGUAUCCCAGUUCUCCCACAGCGCAAUGGGGGGAUACUGCAAUGGAAGCAUUGGCAACAUGGGAGACCUCCCGUCGUACCAGGAAAGCAUGCGGAAUAGUGCAGCAGCAACAGGAUGGUACAGCGCCAACCCUGAUCCAAGAUACUCCACAAUUUCUAGAUUCAUGGGACCUUCCACAGGUAUGAACAUGACCGGCAUGGGAGGUCUCACGGGAAUGGCAGACGCCACCAAAUCCAUGCCAGCUCUCCACGCUGCGCCCAGGAGGAAACGGCGCGUCCUGUUCUCGCAGGCUCAGGUCUACGAGCUGGAGAGGAGAUUUAAGCAGCAGAAAUACCUGUCGGCGCCUGAGAGGGAGCACCUGGCCAGCAUGAUCCACCUUACACCGACCCAGGUCAAGAUCUGGUUUCAGAACCACCGAUACAAGAUGAAACGCCAGGCCAAGGAUAAGGCAGCGCAGCAGCUGCAGCAACAGGACGGUAACAUGUGCCAACAGCAGGCGCAGUCCCCGAGGCGCGUAGCCGUGCCAGUUCUGGUAAAGGACGGUAAACCGUGCCAGAACGGCUCCAACACACCGACACCGAACCAGCAACAGGUACAACAGAACCAACAACAAAGCCAACAACAGAACGGGGCCGGAGUUGUGCUUGCAUCCCCGACCAGCAGCCUCACCCAGCAUCAAAGCCAGCAGCAGGUGAACGCUUUGGAGCUGGAGGAGAUGUCGCCCAGCCCCCCCUCACUGCACAGCCAGCUCAACAUGGCCCAGAUAGACACAUCUGCUGUAGAUUACACCAGUAACAUGGUCAGCUCAAACCUCCUCUACGGCAGGACGUGGUAGGACUUAAUACAGUACUGUCUUACUUUCCACUUUUUCUAUGUGAAUCUGCGGAUGA